AUGUUCCCUGCUCAAUUCAUAGGACUGGUACAACUUUGCCAUGCAACAACCGCCCGGUUGAAGGAUAAUUUUAAAAAGACUACCGAUUUUCUAAAGCCUGUCCAGAGUUACACACAUGAACUUUGGAAUUGGUUUUUGAACUUAGAAGACAUUCCAAAGGGAAUUAUUAUAGGAUUGCUAACAACUUUACCUGCUUUGGUUCUAAGUUAUUUCAUAAUCACUAUGACCAUGCACCUGAAGAAACCAGGUAACGACAGAUCAUCAGCUGCCAUGAAGGGGAAAAAGAACGACGUUCAAGUCAGGAGCAGGCCAAAUACCGGAUCCAGUGCCUCACAGUUUGGAGUUAAAGCCAUUAGUAAUGGGACGUCGUCAGUACUCAGUGAGAAUGCGGUUGAAAGGAGGAAGAAGUUAAAGAUGGCUAUUGAAACCGCUAAGAACAAUAAUCAAUAG